AUGUCUUCCGGCCAAGCUCCGGACUCUGCUCCGGCCUCGGAGGAGGCAGCCGGAACGGCUGAUUCAUCGCCAUCUGCUAAAGGAUGCAUCGUAAGAGUGUACAACAUUCCAGCUGAGAUCGACGAAUCGUCGUUGCAGGAGGUGAUGUCUCAUUUCGGCCGUGUCCGUCGUUGCCAGGUCAUGCUAGGUGAAAGUGCACAUUCCGCUGCCGAGGCGUUUGUACUGUUCAAGCGCCCUGAAGAGGCCGCCGCCGCAGUUCGCGCUGACGAGAAGUUGGAAUGCGGCGGUUGCACGCUUAAGAUAAGUCUCUGGCAGGGCGAGUUCCCCCCGGAGAAGCCUAGUGUCGCCAAGCGCGCAUCAUCCGGUGGUAACUCCGAUGCCUGCUGGUUUUGCCUGUCGAAUUCCGCCUGCGAGGAUCACAUGGUGGCCCUUGUAGCGGAUCACAGCUAUAUCGCAAUUGCCAAAGGGCCUCUCGCCCCUCUUCACAGCAUAGUGACGCCCAUUUACCACUACCCGAGUGCAGCUGCGGCCUCUCGUUCUGUAUUGGAAGAUAUGCAGCGGCUUAUCGACUGCCUGUUCGAUCAGUGUUUAAAAAGCGGUUCAGGCGCCAUUGCAUUCGAGCGGUACAUGCCAAUGCAAAAUCCCUGUGCGAUGCAUACGCAAAUACAGGUGAUUCCUGUGCCUCUCGACCGCGCCAUGGACGCUUUCAACUACGUGAACAGCUCGGAGCACUUUUGCGGCACCCGUGUAGAGCGCCUGGGUGCUGAGGAUCCGACGUCAAUCGCCUGCCUCGAGGGCAAGCUGGACGACAUUGAGCGAUCAUAUUUCUAUCUACAGGCGGUGGGUCGUGACAACGAGACGAAUCGGGGGUUUAUGCACUCUCACUGCCUUUGGACCCUGGGCCACCGCGGCGGCGGUCGCCGGAUUCCUAUCACAUUCGGUCGGGAGCUGAUUAUUCACCUGUUACCGGAUUCCGCAGCCGAUAACAUACCCUGCAAGAACAGCGAAUGGUCGUCGCUGGGUCGAUCUUGGCGUGAAAUGGCGUUGGACUGGCGCAACUGCUUAACUAGCCGAGAUUCCGAGGCGCAACUGUCUCGGGAUUUGACCGCAGCCAUCAUGGGCACUGACAAAGCGCAGAAAUAA